AGCGGAUCCACGCCAAUCUCAGAGCUGCGCAUGCUCCAUCUCCAAGCGCGGGGCGCGGGUGAUCGGGAUCCGUGGCGGUUGCUGCGUGAAGCUCAGGCGGCCUCUACGGCCUGCUGCUGGUGGCGGCCUAGGGAGUCGCAGCGGCUGGUACGCAGGUGCACAGAGGCUGAAGUGCUAUGAGCUUCCAGAGCUUCUGGAGAGACUACAAAGUUCUGGUUGUUAUGGUGCCCUUGGUGGGGCUCAUACACCUGGGGUGGCACAAAAUCAAAAGCAGCCCUAUUUUCCAAAUACCUAAUAAGGACAACGUUCCUGAGCCAGAUAGUCUGGCACUUGCAAGUCCUCAGAAGGACCACAUCCAAGGGAAAUAGCAGGCUUGCAUUCUUCAGAAAGAAGCGACUUUGAAUCUGAGUUUGAUAUUGAAAGAAAUGAAAAACACCAACUGGAUUAGAAAGAACUGGCUUCUUAUAGCAGGAGUUUCUUUCAUAAGCGUUCAUCUCGGAACGUACUUUAUACAGAGGGCUGCAAAACAAUCUGUAAAAUCUCAGUCUGGAAGCAAACUAAAGAGUAUUGAAGAAUGAAGUAAAAUAAAUAUUUGGAAUUACUAAUAUAUCAUUAAAUCUUUACAUGCUGAUUAACUUCAUAAACAUGGAGCUAUUUAACUUUAUAGCCAGAGCGCUGCAUAUUCAGCCUUUCAUACUUGAAGAAUACCAUUUUCAAAUGUUAAAACCCAUGAUGACACAAUAAAUAGAAAACUAUGGUUUACUAAAUAAAAGCUCUCUUCACAAAUUACCACCUGAAGUAAGAUGUCUCGUUUAGAAGCUAAAAAGCCAUCAUUGUGUAAAAGUGAGCCACUGACAAGUGAGAGAGUCAGGGACACACUUUCUGUUUUGAAAGGAAUCGUAACGUCGUGCUAUGGUCCUUCGGGUAGGCUGAAGCAGCUGCACAACGGCCUUGGAGGCUGUGUGUCCACAACCUCACACUCAUCAGCCCUGCUUGCUAACCUGUCUGUCACCCAUCCCAUUUUAAAGAUCCUGACAACUUCGGUGCAGAAUCAUGUGUCAUGCUUCAGUGAUUGUGGCUUAUUCACAGCCAUUCUUUGCUGCAACCUGAUUGAAAAGGUUCAGAGAACAGGCUUGAUACCCACCACUGUCAUUAAAUUAAAUAAGCAUCUUCUGAGCCUCUGCACCAGUUACCUCAAGACUGAGGCCUGUGGUUGUCGAAUCCCAGUCGACUUUAGUAGUACUCAGAUCCUCCUUUGUUUGGUACGCAGUAUAUUAACAAGUAAACCUGCCUGUAUGCUCACCAGAAAAGAAAUAGACCACAUCAGUACUCUGAUUCUGACAGCCUUUUUGCUUACAAUUCCAGAAAAUGCCGAAGACCACAUCGUUUUAGGAAAGAGUAUAAUUGUACCCUUAAAAGGUCAAAGAGUUAUAGAUUCUACUGUAUUACCUGGAAUACUUAUUGAAAUGUCAGAAGUUCAGUUGAUGAAGAUACUACCUAUCAAAAAAUCAGAUUCCCUCAAGGUGGCACUCUUUUGUGCGUCUUUAUCUGGAGACCUCUCUGAUACUGGAGAAGGAACUGUGGUGAUUGGUUAUGGGGUUUCUCUUGAAAAUGCAGUUCUGGACCAAUUGCUUAACCUAGGAAGGCAGCUAGUUAGUGAUCACGUAGAUCUUGUUAUGUGCCAAAAAGUUAUACACCCAUCUUUGAAACAGUUUCUCAGCAUGCAUCGUAUUAUUGCCAUAGACAGAGUGGGAGUGGCUCUGAUGGAACCCCUGAGUACAGUGACAGGAACACAGCCUAUUGGUUCCCUUGGCUCAAUCUCUCCUAGUAGCUAUGGAAGUGUGAAAGAUUUGUGCACUGCAAAAUUUGGCUUCAAACAUUUUUUUCAUCUUAUUCCUAAUGAAACGACUGUCUGCAGCUUGCUUCUCUGCAACCGAAAUGACACUGCCUGGGACGAGUUGAAGCUCACAUGUGAAACAGCACUGCAUGUUUUGCAGUUAACAAUCAAAGAACCGCUUGUUUUAUUGGGAGGUGGUUGUACUGAAACUCACUUGGCAGCAUAUAUCAGACACAAGACUUUUAAUGAGCCAGAAAGCCUUCCCAAAGAUGAUGGAUAUACUCAAACAGAACUUCAGCUAAUUACUGAAGCAUUUUGCAGUGCACUAGAAUCAAUUGCUGGUUCUUUAGAACAUGAUGGAGGUGAAAUUCUCACUGACAUGAAGUAUGGACACGUUUGGUCAGUUCAGGCAGAUUCUCCCUCUGUUGUUAACUGGCCAGAUUUUCUUUCAAGAUGUGGCUGUGGACUCUGCAAUAGCCAGGAAGAACUCAACUGGUCUUUCUUAAGGAGUACUCAGCAUCCUUUUGCACCACAAACCUGCCUUCCACAUGGAGCUGUGGGCUCAGCCAACAACCUGACCUUGGACUGUUUCACUGCUAAACUUAGUGGCCUACAGGUAGCUGUGGAGACAGCCAAUUUGAUUUUGGAUCUUUCAUAUGUCAUUGAAGAUAAAAACUGAUGUAAGAGAAUAGCAUGUUUAUAUUACAAAAAACAUAAAGCUAGUCGGGUGUCAAUUAAGAAAAAUAUUGAAUGUGUUCUCUCCCAAAGACCUGUUCUGCAUAUCUAAAUAGAUGACUCAUAAAAUUAUAGAUUUGCUUAUAUAAGGAAAAAAAGGUUUGAUUCUUAAAUAGAAAUACCGUAGAAUAAUAAAAAUAUGAAGCAUUAUUAAACAUAUUGUAGUUAUCUUAGUGGUACCACAGGUACCACUGUAUGUUGCUCUAAAUUUUUGUUGUUAUUUCGACAUCAUUCUAACAUACAGAAAUUUUUUUAAAAAAUCAUAAUCUAUGCUUUAGUUUGUCUAUGCUUAUUACAUUUUUAAUUACUAGCAAUUAAAUAUGUUUAAAGUAUAAAAUUAGAUUCCAAAGUAUUUCAAAACAUCCAGUACAUAUUGCUCAAUUAAAAGAAAUAUUCAAACUGCACAUUUAGUAAAAUUCUGUGUUCUUUAUGUGAAACAAUAUUUAUUCAGUGUUUAGGUAAUUGACGUAGAGCCUGGUCUACCUGCAACUGCUAGUUCAUAUCACAGUUCUUUGUCUGUGUUAUUUUAAGGAAAUGUGUGAUUAGGACAAAGUAGAUUUAUAUGGUAACUAAGCAGCAUAGAGAAAAGAAGUGGAAAAGUUAUUUCUCUAGUACAGUCAGUAGUGUAAAAAAGAAACCAGAACAGCUCUCAUAGUCAAAUUAGAGACACUGAUGUUUCACCAAGGAAUGUAAUUUGAAUUUUAUGCAAAUACAAGGUGUACUGAUAAAUUGAAGAAGAAGUACAGAGUGCAGCUAAAAGAAUAAGCAUGGAGUUGCAACACAUAUUAACCUUUAGGGAAACAUUUUGAAAAAUUUUGGUAAGUUAAACAACCUGAGAGUCAGUGAUCAGUUCUACAACCGUGAUAAGAGGAGAUAGAGUUUUUAAGCAAUUUCUUCCAACAAUCUUGCAUUCCAAAAGAAUUUUUACCCUGAGCCAAAAUGAAAAUUGCAGUGCAGGCUCAUAGCAAUGCAAUAUAUAUAUUGAAAAAUCAGCUACCCCUCAAGCUUCAUAAAAUAUUUCUCUAAAAUUUUAUUUCUUUUAUCAUUGGAGUCAAAUAGACGGGCACUGUGGUGGGCAACGUCUAUGAUGGCCCGUCAGUGAUCCUGCCUCCUGGUUUUCUGACCCUCCCCUUGGGUGUGGGCUGGAUGCAGUGAAUUCUUUGAGUCUCCAUGUCCCCCUUUUUGUGAACCCAAAUGUCUUAGCGGGGUUAUACAUGCCUGAUCCAUCACUGUAUGUUGGGGAUGGAAGACAGAAAACUUGUCUCAUUAACUUUAUGGUUCUUCAGAUGGGGAGAACUGUGCUUCAGAAGCUGUACUGAAAGAAUUAUACCUGAGGAGCUUCAUGUACCCUGAUCUGAUUUCAGUGGUGAGAUUCAGUGAUAGACUUCGAGUUGAUGUUGCAGUACAACGAGACUUGGGAAUCUGAGGAAGGUGUAAAUGUAUUUUGCGUGUAAUUUUGCUUGUAGCCUCUAAAAUGUCUGCCAAUGAUCCCACGUCUUGGUAGUCCACUCUUUGGGUGUGGUGGGACCUAAUGACUAGCUUCUAAUGAAUAACAUACAGCAGAAAUGAUGGGAUGUCACUUCUGAUGUUAGCUUGUAAAAGGAUAGUCUUCUCACUUGAUCUCUCACUUGUUCGCUCUGGUAGAGGCCAGAUGCCAGGUUGGGAACUGCCCCUAUUGAGAGGCCCACAUAAAGCAAGGGACUCAAGGAGGCUUCUAGUCAAAAGCCCACAUGGAACUGAAUCCUACCACAGAGUAAAGCUGGAAGCAGAUCCUCCCUAGUGGAACCUCAGAAUGAGUGUAGCCCCUGCCUACACAGCCACCUGAGAGGCCCUGAAGAAGAGGAUCUAGAGAAGCCACUCCUGGAUUGAUUCCUGACCCACAAAAUCCGUGAGAUAAUAAAUUUUAAGUCAAGGUUUGGGUGUAAUUUGUUAUGCAACAUUAGACAUUUAAUAAAGGUCAGAAUAAAAACUUAUUUAUAAUUAUAUCCUGAAAGCUUGGUCACAUAGUGGAAAAAAGCAUUCUUGAUGCCAUGCUUUUGCAUUUUCACCAUCACUCCAAGCAUAAAGGCAAUGUUCUUCGGCACACAUGUUUACAGUGGGGGGGUUUACCUUCACUUAAGAAGGUGUAUCACAUACUAUGGGAAUUGUCCUGGGUCUCCUUGACCCUCUGCUGCGUUUCCAAGUUGCUCCCAGAAGAGAUGCCACAGGGAACCUCUUCAAUUGAUCUUCUCUGUUAAGGUGUCUACUUCUCAUGAUAGCCACUUUUAGCUCCGUCAUUUUCAGCUUUGCCGUAAAAUUCAAUUAUAUUUCUUGGUGGAACAUCAGUGCUCUCAUUUUGAAUGUGUCAUAAAUUUCUUGAAAUGUUUAAUAAACUUAUGUUUCCUGAAGUUAUGUACAAUCCUUACCAGAAAAUACUAUAAAUAUAUUUUUUUAAAACUUCCUUUACAAUUCAAGAAAAUCAUUAUUCAAACUUAGAUGGUAAAAUAUGAAAUGAAGAAUAUUGAUGAAAAUGAUUUCAGAGGAGCUCAUUUUGACAGACGUAAAUGAUAAGACAAAACGAACUAAGUUAAGCCUCAGGCACUGUUUUGUGACUUAAAGUAAGAUUGAGGUCUGAAUAUUGCAUUAUGAGGUUCCUCGGGAGACAGAACAGAAAACCUUGAUAGCUACAAAAAAAGAAAAAAACAACAAUGCAGAAGAGACAUGAAGUCAGUGACAGCUGCUCGUUACUUUCGUGGUACUCACAGGACAUGUAACAUUAAAUUUUAUUGAACCAUAGGGCUCCAACAGGAUUAACAUCUUAUUAAUCAAAAGAGAUUAGGAUUUUGGCAGCAUGGAAAACAAUGGAGAACUAAUGCAAAUUAAAAGAGCCUUUCAAGUCAAAAUACUUAUUUGGUUUUAUAAAUGCCCCAAUUCCUUAAUUCUUUCAUUUGUACUGUAUUGGAGAAUCUUUAUAUGUUAGACAUUUUAAAUCAACCAUUAGGGUGAAGUAUUUUCCACAGGAUAUUUAAAUUACAUAUUAUUAGUAUCUUUUAUUAUCAGAGGUAUUCUUGAACUCAUUUAGUUUCUGUAAGAAAAGCUAUUUAGGCAUUCACAUCAUAGAAAAGAAAUUUUAAGUACCUCUAUAAGAUCCAUCAUAUUCUAUAUUCUUACAUUAUUGAAUUGAUCUUUGGAUAACUUAAACCAAUAUUGUUUACAGUCAUAUAAAUGAUGUCGGUUAUUAUUUAAGAGUAUUAAGUACAAAAAUCACUCUCAUAAUCAAUACAGGCCCUGUCAAAACAUCAAAUCAGUUAGGUUAUUCCUUUCUGAUACUCUUUGGGGAAUAGUCAAGGAGACUAAACAUCUCUUACAGGGCCCUAUUUCAGCUGUCUAAAUAAAUCUAUCUCUUAAUCUGGAGGAAAAGGCAAGUUUGAAAAUCUGAUAUCUUUAUAAUUUUUUUCCAUGUAGUUAAAUGUUUCCACUUAGUAACAAUGGUAUCCCAUAAUCCUUGGACAUUUUUGCCACUUACCUACAAAAUUUGAAUUUAGAAGUAUCUAACCGAAUAUUAGUAUUUUAGGAUUUCAGGUAGAUUUAUUUACUGCUUUAUUAAGAAUAUAAUAAUACUCAUAUAAGAGAAUGCAAUCUCUGAAAACUAUUCCUAUAUGUAGAUCUAGCCUUUUGUUGGACAGAUAAGGAGUAGAUGAGAUGCACUAAAGGCAAAGGAAUACCAGUACCUAUAAUAAAUUAUGACUUAAGAAGGAAAUAAAGCAACUUGACAAUCUCCUAUUAAAAAUUCACAUUGAGAAAAUAUUUAUAAUAAACAUCCUAUUUUAGCUCUGUAGCUUUUUUAAAAAAAAAUACUAUGAUUUCAUUUUGAGAAGUAUUAAUUGACCUUUGUUUUAUUUGCCAGACACAGUAGUUAAUGGGUUUGAGGUUAAAAAAAGAUUUGUUCACAGUCCCUGACCUCAAGGACCUCAUUUAGCCAGUGAGACAUAUAUUUUUAAUAUUACUUUUCUUUUUUAAAAAGUAAUUUUUUUAAAUAAUUAUCAACAUUACGUUGUAACAAAAUUUGGAAAAUAUGAAUCAGACACACAUGCACAAACACACAAAAGGAAAAUGAAGUCAAAUGUAGUCCUACUACCUAGAGAUAAUCACUGUUUACAUUUUAUAUUCAUCUUUUCAGUUUGUCUUCUGUACAUACUUUUCCAGAAAUAUGAUCAUACUGUAUGUUGCUUUAUAAUUUGGGGUUUUUUUUUUACCGAAUAUGUCAUGAACUUCAUAGACAUGUACAGUCAUUACACAUUCGACUCCUACAUCAUUUGUAAUGCCUGAUGUACAAUGUCAGUUGUAGACAUUAUACCAUAAGUUAGUCAAUGAACUUUUAUUAGAAUUCUCUUAGGCUGUUUUCAAUUUUUGUAUUAAUAUAAACAAAAAUGCAGUGAACAUCUUUUAUAUAUCCUUUUCCCACAUCCCUUAUUAUUUCCUCAAGAUGGAUAAAUAGAAUUGAGAUUUCUGAGUCCAAGUGUAUUUAAAAUGGAAAAGCUAUUAACAUAUAUCAUCUAAUUGUCUUCCAGAAAUGUUGCAUCAGUGUGCAUCACUUUCCUGAACUUUGGCCAACAUUAGUUAUUGUCUUUGUCAAUUUAAUGGCCAAAAAUAGACUUCUUUUCAUAAUUUGCAUUUUUUAAAUUAUUAAUCAGAUAGAUACCUUUUUAUACAUUAUUGACCAUGUAUUCCUUCUUUAGUCAAGUGCUUCUAAUUGGCCUUCCAAGUUUUCUAUCAGAAGUUCAUCUUUCUAAUGCACAUUUAUAUUUUAAUAUUUAUAUUUUCAUACGCACUAUUAAAUAUAUGUACAUAUUAGAGAGAUACAGUUUUAAAGCAAAUUCAUAGUUAUUUUCAUGGUCUCAAUUUUCUAACUAGCUUUCCAUAUCCAAGCCAAACAUGGUACUUUCUUAAUGGUACAGUUUUAUACAUUUCUUUUGUUUUCACUCAAAGGCAGCAGUAAAACACCCAAGAAGUAUGAUGAAUUUAAAAUAGUAGACAAACUAUUGCCCCUGAAUUUUUACUAUCAUCUAACUCUUUAAAGAAGCAUCUGUGAAAUUGGAUGAUGUAUUAGUUUGCUAGGGCUGCCAUUAUAAAUUACCACAUAUUUGGUGGUUUAAAACAACAUAAAUUUAUUUUCUCACAGUUCUGGAAGCCAGAAGUCUGAAAUAAAGGUAUUGUCAGAGAUACAUUGCCUACAGGGGUACUAGGUGACAAUCAUUCCUUGCUUCUUUCAGUUUCUGGUGGCUAUGGGUAAUGCUUGGCAUUCCUUGGCUUAUAGACACAUCAUUCUCUGCCUCUGUCUUCACAUCCCUCCCCAUCUCAAAUCUCCCUUUCUUUUCUCUUAUAAGGACACCAGUCAUUGGAUUUAGGGUCCUCCCUAAAUCCAGGAUGAUCUCAUCCCAAGAUCCUUAACUUAAUUACAUCGCAAAGAGCCUGUUUUCUAAUAAGAACACAUUCACAUGUGUGAGGCAU